ACAAAGGCACGGAUGAGAGGAUGAACGGACGCACAGGGAAGAGCCUGCAGGACAAGAAGUCGGCGUCGACGACGACGCUCCCUGCCGUGCUUCGCGAGGAGCUCGGGCUCGGUUCGCCCCGCCCUUCUGGGGGCACUGGCCGUCCCGUCAAUGCUUCUCGAAGCGGCCGCGGUGGCCGUGGUGGGCGCGGCGGAGGAGCAGGCAGGCCUCAGACGGCGCGGACUGGGUCGGGCUCGAGAAAGGAUGCCAGGAGGGCGCAGCGGGAGGGCAAGAAGGAGGCGCGGCGGCAGCACUUUGGCGGCGCUGCCGGUGGUAGUGGAAAGUCGUUGUCGUCGUCGCAUAUAGAAGGGCGCGAGGCUGCCAAUGGGGGCAGAGGCUCGCAGUUGAAGGUGAUUGGAAAGGGACGGAGCGCCCUGGCUGGGAUGGAGGGCGCUAGAAUGAGGAGGGAAAGAGAAGAGACGAAGAGAAAGGAGAAAGAGGAGCGGCAGGCGCAGGAGAAGAAGGAGAUCGAGAAGGCGAAUCGAGACGCCAAGGGGAAAAGAAAGGCUCACCUUGAGCCAGAUGGAAUGGAGAGGAAAGAGGAAAAGAAAAGUAGAAAGAGUGUGCAGUUUGCAGACGAUGUCGAGCUCGCGGAGGACAAGAGUGCCACCAAAGAAGAGGAGGACAGUGGGCGACAGCGAAAACACGUCGGGCAAGGCGAGAUGACACCGCUCGAGCGCAUGCUAGCGCGGGCUGGGCAAGGCAGCAGUGGCAGCGCCGCCGAAGAGGUGGGGGCCACUGGCGGAAAAGACGGAAAGAAGAAGGCCAGGAGGAGGAUGCUGACGACCGCGGAGAAGAACGAGGAGGACGAGAUUGCAUGGCUCGAGGCGAAGCUGGGCAUGAGAGGCAAAAGCAAAAAGUCUGUCAAGAAGGGAAACGUUGCAGGAGAAGAAGACGACGAUGAAGCCGCUGAGGACGAUGACGGACUGGGAGGCUUUCUCGACGAGCUCGAUCGAUUCUAUCCGGGCAUGUAUUCGGGAAGCGAGGGAGACGAUGAGGAGGACGAUAACGGCGAGUCUGAUGAGGAGGAAGACCUCUCAGAGGAUGAGGAGGAUGCAGAUACGGACAGUGAGGAUUUUGUAGAGGAGAGCGAGGAAGGAAGUAGCGACGAGGAAGAUGAUCUUGAAGGAGAUCAAGAAUCGGACGACGAAUCACUGUCCGGCGACGGCGACGAAGAAGAAGAUAUCUCGGCAGAUGACAAAGGCGAGGAGGAGCAGGGCCUCGCUGAGUCUCGAGAAGAGCAUGAUCACGAUGUCCACAGUGGAGACGUUGCCAAAGAGCAGACAGCUUCGACAAGAUACAUCCCUCCAGCCCUUCGCAAGGCAAAUGCUGCCAGCUCCAACGUACCUUCGCUGGAACAGCAAAAGCUUAGACGGCAGCUCAAGGGUCUCCUCAACAGGCUAGGCGACGGCAACAUCGACACGAUCCUUGGAGAGAUCGAAGGUGUAUACCGACAGAGCAGCCGUGCGGAAGUCACAACUUGUCUCACAGACCUCAUCAUCGAGACGGUGGCGUCGAGUGCGAACCUCAUCGACACGUUUGUCAUUCUCUACGCCGCCCUUACCGCUUCGUUGCACCGCGUAGUCGGCCUUGAAUUCGGCGCUUCGUUUGUUCAGACACUCGUCGAAAAGUGGCUCGGGCAUGUCGAGAAGGUCCGUGGUAUCAAGAGUGAUUCCAUUCUCGAUGAAGGAAAGGAGUGCAUCAAUCUUCUCGUCUUGCUCGGCCACCUGUACAACCUUUCCGUCGUCGCAUGCCCUCUGGUGUACGACAUCGUACGCCACAUUCUCGGCGUAACAAGAGGCGAGACUGCACCAGAGGGGACGAUGCUGGAAGUCGACGUAGAGAUGCUGCUCAAGCUCAUGCGUGUAUGCGGGCCUCAGCUACGCCACGACGAUCCAUCCUCGCUCCGUUCCAUCAUUCACCUGGCCCAGCAACGUACCACAAAUGCCAGUUCAACCUCUUCUCGCGCGCGCUUCAUGAUUGAAGCGCUACAGGAUCUAAAGAACAAUCGGACGAAGGCCACAGCAAAUGACGCGAGCGUCCAGAGCCUGGCGCGAAUGAAGAAGUAUCUAUCGUCGCUGUCAAAAAAGCACGCAGUCAGGACGCAGGAGCCCCUGAGGGUCACACUAGAUGACCUGCGUGACGCCGAGAAGAAGGGCAGGUGGUGGCUAGUCGGGGCCGCUUGGGCGGGGCACGCACGCGACGAGGAGAGUGGACUCGGGUCCAACAUCGACCGAAGCAAGAAGCAAGCACGACAGCAAUCAGAAGGAGAGCAAGAUGAAGAGAUGGAGAGGUUGCUGGCCCUGGCAAAGCGACAGGGCAUGAACACGGACGCGCGAAGAAGCAUCUUUCUCGUCUUGCUGCAGAGCCAGGACUAUCUCGACGCCAGCAGACGGCUUCUCGCACUGCGGCUCAACGAGACGCAACGGAGAGAGACUAUCCGUGUGCUGCUACACUGCAUCGGUGCAGAGAAGAGCUUCAACCCCUACUACGCCCUCGUGGGACAGCAACUCGCCAUCGACGAUGGAGGCGCCAAAUUCACGAUGCAGUACUGCCUGUGGGACUUCUUGAGGAGUUUGGGCCAGAAGGAGUGCGGCGGCAAGAGCUUCUCGGUCGAUGACGACGAGGAAGGAGACGGAUUCGAUCAUGAUGGGCAAGAGCAGAGCUCGACAAAGGUGGAGAAUGUUGCGCGAGCCUACGCCUGGUGGUUUGCAAAGGGCUCCAUCAGCCUCUACGUCCUCAAGCCAAUCGACUUCACAGCCCUCAAGCCAAAGUCGACGACUUUCCUCCAGCUCCUCUUCAUCCACCUGCUCCUUUCCGUUCAGUCGACUUCUCCGGCGCUGACGCUAUCUCUAUCGCGCCUGGCAGAUGCAAGGGCAAGAGACGAGGAAGCAGAAGUCAAGGGCACGCCAGACCAACGUGCCGCACUCGAGUCCCUCUUCGUCCGCGGCCUGGCGACGAACACGGUCCUCACGCGCGGCUUGGCCCUGUUUGUGCAACAGAAUGUCGCAGGAAAGGCACCCAAGAUGGCACGCGACAGGUUGGGUGCAGACAAGGUGUCCGUCGCGAGGCUCAAGUGGGCCUUGGGCAUCGUCAAGCAGGUCCUCAGCGUCGGUGUGGAAGUAGCUCGAUGAUGCAAUUUGAUUCUGUACUUUUACAUGCAAUUCACACAUU